UUAGCCAUAUACGUCAAAGGUUUGAUAAUCUAAAAUGUGAUUUCGGACUUUAUGGUUAUACAAUUUAUUUUCGGUUUCGUUCAAAAUUUGAUUAAAUAUAUCAAAAGUCUAAUUAUGGGGGACACUUAUGCUCCACCACGAGGCAAGUCCGAGGCUGGGGAAAUCGCCAUGGUGCAUAAUCCACCAAUUUCUAAGCUCGGAGACUCUCAUGGUUACUGGACCUGGAAGAUGAUGCUAAAGAUAUACCUUCAAGCGGUCGGAUUGUGGGUAGGAGACAAGCCAAAAGAGUGCGCCAGAACAAAAUUCAUGAUCCUCAGCACCCUGGAAGUGUGGGUUAUACGCAGGGAAUAUGAAGACCUUACAUGUCAAUCCAUUCUUCAGGAUCUGGAGGAUCGAUACAACACUCUGGAGCACAAGCACUCCCAAGAAAUCUUAUUCUAAACAAGAUUUAAGAACAUAACCCGAGCAAUCUAAAUUAAAAUAAAUUACCCAAAUGGGAACGAAAUUUAAAAAAUA